CUUCAUGUCAACUCUUUGAUAUCAUAUUCCACACGUCUUUAAUUUCCAUUCGAAAGCAUUAAUAAAAAUAAAAUAAAGGAAACCCACCCACAAUGGCUACAACAAGAGCAAGCAUUAUCUGCUACUACGACUUGAUUUCGCCUUACACCUACAUGGGUGUUAAGCUGUUCAGUCGUUUCCGUAAACAAUGGCCCUCUGUCGAUGUCACCUUCACUCCCAUUCUCCUUGGUGGGGUCAUGAAUGCUGUCAAGAACAGGCCUCUGUUUGAAUUCCCAUCCAAAAGGAAUCACAUGAUCGCUGAUCUGGACAGGAUCAGUGCAGUGACAGGUGUACCAUUCAAAUUCCCCGAAAACUUUCCUGUGAACACAGUCUUACCCAUGCGAGUCUUGACGGCUUUACAGUUGCAUGAAGCAGCCGAAAAAUACGAACAGUGUAUUGACAAGCUGUUUGAUGAAUACUUUGUGCAUGGUCGAAAUAUUUCCCAAACAGAUGUGAUUCAUGCCGCAUUGAUGCCCCUCUUCAAUUCGGACGCGAACAAGGUUGAUUCUUAUCUUCAACUUGCUACUCAGCCUGAGAUCAAACAGAUCUUCAAGGAGAACACAGACAAAGCUGUCGCAAGAGGCGUCUUUGGCGCUCCUACAUUCAUCGUCAAGAAGGCUGGCGAGCCAGAUGAUAAAGAGUAUCUGUUCUUUGGCUCCGAUCGGUUCGAGAUGAUCGCUGCCUUCCUCGGCCUCCCAUAUCCCGGUUUGCUUUCCAGAGAUAGAAACAGUGCCAAGCUGUAAAGAAAAAUAAGCGGACUAUCAAUUAGGAAUGGAGCUUUUUUUUCUUUUUAUUCAAUAAAUGUAAAAAAAUUGGAU